CUCAUGCAGGGGAAUGGGCCCAGCCCCUUGCUACCUGCCUGGUGUGGUCGGACUGUAUCCGGCUUAGCCUGCCCGGCUGGGCUUCAGGCAACCUCCCCCCCUGGGGCAGCACUAGGGGCGGUAGCGUGGCGCCCGCAGCCUCCUCACCCCGCCCUGCUCAGCGAGAUGCUGCGCUCCCCUGCAGCAGCCCCAGCUCCGCCCAGGCGUCUGACGGGGCAGACUCGGAAGGGGCCGGAGCCCGGCGGCGCGGGAGCAGGGGCAGAGCCCGAGGGCGACGAGCGUGCGUCGCUUAGUAACGGUUGCUAGAGCGGGACGCCGGCGUCGUGCGCGGGACGCCGCAGCCGCUGGUAAAGCGCAUGCGCAGGGAGCUCGGGGAAGGGGCGGGGUUCCGUGUGCGGGGCCGGAAGCAGCGGGCGUCUCAGGCAGGGACGGUUUUAAACCCCCCUGGCCCGGCCGGCGAUGGACGCGCGGGCGCGAGCUAAGCGCUACGAGAAGCUCGACUUCCUGGGCGAGGGGCAGUUUGCCACUGUUUAUAAAGCAAGGGAUAAGAACACCAAUCAAAUUGUUGCUAUUAAAAAGAUUAAACUUGGACAUAGAUCAGAAGCUAAAGAUGGAAUCAACAGAACAGCCCUGAGGGAGAUAAAAUUGUUACAGGAGCUAAGCCAUCCAAAUAUCAUUGGUCUUCUUGAUGCAUUUGGACACAAAUCCAAUAUUAGUCUGGUCUUUGAUUUUAUGGAAACAGAUCUAGAGGUUAUAAUAAAGGAUAGUAGUCUUGUGCUGACACAAUCUCACAUCAAAGCAUAUAUGCUGAUGACACUUCAAGGACUGGAAUAUUUACAUCAGCACUGGAUUCUACACAGGGAUCUCAAACCAAACAAUUUGUUGCUAGAUGAAAAUGGGGUUCUAAAAUUGGCUGACUUUGGCUUGGCAAAAUCUUUUGGAAGCCCAAAUAGAGUCUAUACACACCAGGUAGUAACAAGAUGGUAUCGAGCACCUGAGCUACUGUUUGGUGCUAGAAUGUAUGGUGUAGGUGUAGAUAUGUGGGCUGUUGGCUGUAUCUUAGCAGAACUGCUUCUUAGGGUUCCUUUUUUGCCAGGAGACUCUGAUCUUGAUCAGCUGACAAAAAUAUUUGAAACGCUGGGGACUCCAACAGAAGACCAGUGGCCUGGCAUGUCUAGUCUUCCAGAUUAUGUAACAUUUAAAAGUUUCCCUGGAAUGCCACUUCAACAUAUCUUCAGUGCAGCUGGUGAUGACUUGCUAGAUCUUCUCCAAGGUCUAUUCAUAUUUAAUCCUUGUACUAGGGUCACAGCUACACAGGCAUUGAAACAGAACUAUUUUAGUAAUCGACCAGGACCAACACCAGGAAUUCAAUUGCCAAGACCAAACUGUCCUGCAGAAGCCUUAAAGGAACAACAAAAUUCACUUUUAAAUUUAAAAAGGAAGAGAACCGAAGGAAUAGAUCAAGGAUUACCAAAAAAGUUGAUUUUUUGAUUACCAUGGAUGAUGAUUAAAUGGCCUGAAACACCAAGAAGAUGGGAAAAUGCUGCAACAUUAACUGAACUUUGAUGAAAAGUGAAUUUGUAAUAUAUUUACGUGUGUAAAAUGUGAAACUUAAUAUUUCAGUGCUGAAACCAUGUGGAGUGUUUCAUUAAACCUAUUCUUUGAAUAAAUAUAUUUUUUAAAAAGA